CAUGACAGGUGGUGGGGGCUUUCAGUUGAAGCAGUUGUGCAGAGAUAUUGAGCAGAGAUCCUUGCUUCCGAAUCGUUUUUCGUCUUUACGUGCACUUAGUUCUUGUAAUAAAAAAAUGUCGAAAUACACGAUUGUUAUGGUACGUCAUGGAGAGAGCGAGUGGAAUCAAUUGAAUCUGUUUUGCGGAUGGUAUGAUGCCAAUUUAUCUGACAAAGGUAAAACUGAAGCAACUCAAGCUGGAAAAGCAGUUAAAGACGCAGGUCUCAAGUUUGAUGUUGCUCAUACAUCAUUGUUGACAAGAGCUCAAGAAACUUUGAAAGCUAUUCUUAAAGAAAUCGGUCAAGAAGAUAUUCCCAUUCAAAAAACAUGGCGCUUAAAUGAACGUCAUUAUGGUGGUUUGACUGGUAUGAAUAAAGCAGAAACUGCUGCUAAGUAUGGUGAAGAACAAGUUCAAAUAUGGAGAAGAUCCUUUGAUGUACCGCCUCCAGCUAUGGAGCCGGAUCACAAAUAUCAUGAUACAAUAGUAAAAGACCCAAGAUAUGCAGAUGGACCGAAACCGGAGGAAUUUCCUAAAUUUGAGUCUUUAAAAUUGACAAUUGAUAGAACAUUGCCAUAUUGGAAUGAUACUAUUAUUCCACAAUUGAAGGAAGGGAAAAAGAUCAUUAUUGCUGCUCAUGGAAACAGUUUGCGUGGCAUAGUUAAACACUUAGAUCAAAUGAGCAAUGAUCAAAUCAUGGGAUUAAAUUUACCAACUGGUAUUCCAUUCAUCUAUGAGUUGGAUGAAAACUUUAAACCUGUUGUAUCAAUGAAAUUCUUAGGUGAUGAAGAAACAGUGAAAGCUGCAAUGGCUGCGGUUGCUGCCCAAGGAAAAGCUAAGUAAAAUUAAAGACAUUAAUUACAAUCUAUAUUAUGUAUGUACAAACAAAAAGUACUGAUGUCUAGUUUUGUUAAAAAAUGAUUUAAAUUAUUGAAAGACACACUUAAAUAUAUGU